UAGCAAUAGUUUACCCGAUCGAUAAAACAGUUCCAAUACAUCCUAAUUUAGUCGCGUUUCAAUUUGUUUGCGAUUGCUGAUGUACAAAUUGUACAGCAAAUAGUAAAAUAUUAUUGAAUAAGUUAACGUAUUAUGAACUAAUAAACGUGUAAAAUGAGGGGUAGCUGGGUGAUUUGUUUAUGUGUUGUGAAAUUAGCUUUGUGUAUUGAACAUGACUUUAAAGGGUUCGAUGAUAGCAUAUUAUUUGGGAUCAACUGGCCCGGCAGUACUGACAUACAGAAUCUAGUCGAUGGGGAUGUUCAGAAAGUUGAGCUUCCAAAAAAAGAGGUUCUUAAAGUAAAAACGGGAAAUAAAGAGGAGUAUGAGUGUCAUAUUCCUGAGUUACAAGCCAAAGAGUCCAAAAGUAUUGAAGAUUAUGAUGGACCUUCACCACUGAGCUUGCUGAAGCCUUUGUUCUCACAAAAGAUCUGUUCGUACCGGCUGGAAAGCUACUGGAGCUAUGAAGUGUGCCACGGAAGGUACAUAAGGCAGUAUCAUGAGGAGCGAGAAGGUAAACAAUUAAGAACUCAAGAGUAUUAUCUGGGCCACUGGAAUACAGAGAAGCAUGCUAAAUUGGAGGAACAAGUGAAGGCCGCCCAGGAAUCCAAAGACCCCUACCGCACCACAAAAGUGGAUGGUGUUAAAUUACCUGCAGUGGAAAUGAUCUUAGAUGAAGGUACUCUUUGCGACUUGAGCGGUAAAUCGCGACUGACCAAAGUAUUGUACGUUUGCUACAGUCACGGAAAACACGAAGUGUACUCAUUUAAGGAGACAUCAACUUGCGAAUAUGAAAUCAUCAUACUUUCUCCCUUACUCUGCGAACAUCCUCAGUUUAAGCCAAAAGAUGUUAGCGAGAACAUCAUAGACUGUUUACCUAUUGGUGAGGCGCCGAAGAAACCAAGGAGUCUUCUGAAGAUGGAGGUCGACAGUCUGAGGUUCCAUCAUCAGACUGUCCGCAUGAACAAUGAUAACGAUCCUAAGGAUGUACUAGCCGUGUUGAAAGUUGAGAAAAUUGAUAAGGAUGGUGAAACCCAUCUCAAGUUUGAACUUCAUCCUUUGAACGAAGAUGAGGAGCUGGUGGAAGACAGCAAGACUCAAUUGUUGGAAAGGAAACCUUUAACAGUUAUGACUGACGAUUCGCCCGCCAGAGCCUUCCUGAACGGCGAGAACUGUCUGAAUGGCGGUACAGGGUGGUGGAAGUACGAGUUCUGUUACGGCAAGCAUGUGCUCCAGUACCAUGUCGACCGGAAUGGUGAGAAGACGACCUUACUGCUGGGCCGGUUUGAACAGGAGUCACAUAUCGAAUGGAUCAAAGAUAACAAGGGAAAGGCGCCUAAACCUAUCGAGUACCGAACAUCAGUCUCCCACUUCUACUCAAACGGCGACAUCUGCGACAAAACCGGCAAACCACGUCAAACCGAAGUAAAACUGAAAUGCCUCGAGAACUCUUCAAGCCCCGCUCAAGUAUCCCUCUACCUACUCGAACCAAGGACUUGUCACUACAUACUAGGAGUGGAGUCUCCUCUAAUAUGUGACAUCUUACCUUUAGCCGACGACAAUGGUCUGAUAGAAUCAGUGAAGAUGGUUCUAGAAGGAAUCGACCCACCGACCAUUACUAAAAGCGAUGACGACGAUGAGGAGGAGGCUUUGUAUAAAGGCAAAGUGUCGGCGAAGUUCGGAAAUGAUUAAUCGUAGAAAUAAAUGAGGUUAUUUAUUAUGUA